CCGACGAGGAGCUUCUUGUGCGGUAGCGCACCUGCAGAGUGCAGACAGAGACAAAGGCGACGUCUAUCAUGUCCCUGCGACUGCGUCUCGCCUUCCGUCUCCUCUUCUGCUACUGCCUCCUCCUCGCCGCCGCUCAUCCGUCGUCCCGCCGCCUCCUCCCCCUCCUCGUCGUCUCCGCCGCCGAACGCACGAACGUCGCCAGCCUCCCUGGCCUCGAUGGCGCGCUCCCUUCCCGCUUCGAAACCGGGUACGUGACCGUCGACGAGGAGAACGGCGGCGAGCUGUUCUACUACUUCAUCGAGUCGGAGGGCGACCCCGGCGCCGACCCCGUCCUCCUCUGGAUCAACGGCGGCAACCGCUGCUCCGUCCUCAGCGCGCUCUUCUUCGAGAUCGGUCCGGUGAAGCUGGCGAUAGAGCCGUACGACGGCGGCGUGCCGCGGCUGCGGUACAACCCCUACACGUGGACCAAGGUCGCCAGCGUCCUCUUUGUCGACUCGCCGGUCGGCGCCGGCUUCUCCUUCUCCCGGGACCCCAGGGGGUACGACGUCGGCGACGUCUCCUCCACGCUGCAGCUCACCAAAUUUGUCAACAAGUGGUUCUCUCAACAUCGCGAAUUCCUCUCGAAUCCGUUGUACGUUGGUGGAGAAUCCUACGCUGGAAAGCUUGUCCCAUUUCUCCUGCAGAAAAUCUCAGAAGAUGUUGAGGCUGGAGUCAAGCCUGUGCUUAAUCUCAAGGGCUAUCUGGUUGGCAACCCGGGUACCGGCGAAAGCAUCGAUUACGAGUCGAAAGUGCCUUAUGCUCACGGAGUUGGAAUCAUUUCAGAUCAACUAUAUGAGACUAUACUGGAGCAUUGCGGAAGAGAGGAUUAUGCCAAUCCCAAGAAUGCAACCUGCGCUCAAGCUUUGAACAGGUUCAGUGAGCUCAUGGGAGAAGUUUCAGAGGCACAUAUUUUGUAUAAAAAAUGCAUCUAUGUAUCUCCCAAACCAGAUGAUGGUACUAUUGGAAGAAAGAUUCUGGAGGAGAUUGUAGUGGGAAACCAUCGGCCACCACGUCCUCCAAUGGAUUGUAGUACCUAUCCCAACUAUUUGUCAUAUUUCUGGGCUAACAGCAACAACACACGGGAAAAUCUUGGAAUAAAAAAGGGAACUGUGGAUGAGUGGGUGAGGUGCCAUGACGAUGGACUACCUUAUUCUCAGGACAUAGAGAGCAGUAUUAAGUACCAUCAAAAUCUUACAUCUAGAGGCUAUCGUGUCUUGGUAUACAGUGGCGACCAUGAUUCCGUGGUUCCAUUUUUGGGUACACAAGCCUGGGUAAGAUCACUCAACUACCCAAUUGUGGAUGACUGGAGAGCCUGGCAUAUCGAUGGGCAGUCUGCAGGAUUCACAAUCACAUAUGCAAAUGACUUGACCUUCGCUACGGUAAAGGGUGGUGGACACACUGCACCAGAGUACCAGCCGGAGAGGUGUCUUGCAAUGUUUGGGAGAUGGAUUUCAGAGAAAUCACUUUGACGAUUGUGUAUAUCAGUUAUGAUGAGAGCUGCUUUGAUUAUUAUCUAAUGAAUGAUACAUCCCUUGGCCAGUUCAUUGGGCAAGGAGGUAGCUCAGGUGAGGCGCAUUAUGGUAGAACAUGCCACAGAGGACCAGAACAAGCUUUAGAUGAUUACUAAAGUGAAUAUGAAAGGAUACAAAUAAUCCUGAGAUCUCUCAGUGAUACUCUCUUCGUUUUUUUAAUAGAUGACACCAUUAACUUUUAAACA